GUGAGGCGAAGAAGAAGAUCCUCAUACGCACGAAGAGCGUUUAUUUGUGGAGUUUUAUUUGUUUUCAACAACUGUAAACGCUAACUGAGUAUAUUUUUAGUUUCACGUGGAUGAACCUGGUAUUCGAAGAGCUCGCAUCUCUUCGAGCAGGUGAAGGUACUACAUAGUAUCUAUUUACAAGAAGAAUAACCGCUGUGCUUACAAUGGACGACCUGGAAAAUGAGCUUCGGCCCCCAGUACAGUUUAAUGAGCACAAUGAUUCAUUAGACAACACUGUGACCAAAAAAAAGAAACAUUCAAGGUUGCCACUGGCUGAACCAUUCUUGCCUGCGCUUCAAAUUAAAACAAGCCUUGACCGAACCACAAGGCUUUGUCUCGAGAGAAUCAGAGGAGCAAUGCUUCAUCACAGAUGGCAGGAGGCUGCAGAAUACAUGGCGUGUUACCCCCAAAUGUUACAGGACAGGAAUCUUCGCCGGGACGUGUGUGACAAAGAGAUGAUUAGGAGAAUCAGCAUUGAAAUCUUCCAUCACCACCCCAACUCAAACAUGGACGACUACAACGUCAUCUAUGAGCAAAUGAAACAUUCAGGAGUUACAGAAUACUUGAUGAUAUGUCUGGAACAUAUCUUCCACCUGCUGCUCAACGGCCAGUUCGAGAAUGCAAAACGUCAGCUCUCGGCCGCUCAAAGCUGGAGGUAUGGCAAAGAGUCGGCACGUCAGCAUCAGAAGGCUAAACUGAUCCAGGCCUACAGCAGUUUGCUGGACUACAUUAUCUGGUGCGACAAGAAAAAUGCACCUGGCAAAAGCAAUUUUACAGACCCUGGAAGCAACCAAGAAAUGCACAGGUACUUUAGACAGGCUGCAGUCAAUCUAAAGGAGAUUAUAAAACAUCCUGGUGUCUGGGAUCCCUUCAUACUGAGUUACGUUGAGAUGCUCGAAUUCUACGGAGCUCAGGAAGAGGCAAAGAAAGUCCUGGAAGACUAUGCGUAUGACAGCACGUUCCCCGCGAAUCCGAAUGCCCUUGUCUAUUUGUAUCAGUUCUUGCAGAGACACGACACAUCAAAGCCGAAAUUGAUGAAAGUUUUAAAGGUCCUCCAUUAUUUAGUUCCAAGCCAUGAGCUGAUGUUGGACUACAGUUACUUUCUGCUUCGAUCAGAGAAAACGGGAGACAUCCAAAAGGCUCUUGGAGUUGUCCUUGAUAUGCUGGACUAUGCCUGCUGGAGGACAAGCUUGGAUGUGUGGAAACGUUUAAAAGACAUUAUUGACAAGUUACAGUUACAUGGUGACUGCAAGGAUGAUGUUGCUGAGAAGAUGGCAGCAAGAAAAGAAUGGUGGCCUGCACUGCACUUCACAAGGUUACUUGCUACUGAGGAUGCCCUGCAAAGACCACAGCUGAUGGAGGUGAAAUCAUCACUCACCAAAAUCCUCUGUCCGGAAAUAACGCUCACCUACUCUGCUGGACAAAUAAUCAGAGAUGAGAGGAUCUGAGGACCACAAAUAAUUGGUUUAAUCAAUUCACUCGGCGAUGAUCUAGAGUGUUUCUGAGGUUUUUUUUUCUUUUUGAGCAAGACAAGGUAGUACCCUCUUUUUCCACCAUGGGGUGCGCUUGCACUGUAUUUAGCUUGAAUAGGUGGUUGCGAUGACCACCUUUUCUGGACAGAAAGCAAAUUUAGCUCUGAGCCAGCCCUCAUGGGUAUUUUAUGGUUUAUGUUUUUUGUAGCAUUUUGUUAGAAGUAUUCCUCUGACCUUGGCUGACUUUUGCCACACCACUGGUGCUACAAGUCUGCGUGUACACACACAACACACACAGCCUCUGUUAGCUCUGUUGUCAUGAGAGAUUACUCAACCAGUGCAGACCUCACAACAACCCAGCGUGCAUUCAUUUGGACUAGCAUGACAGAUUGUGGACAGCCCCAUGUGUGUAGUAACAAUAGCGGUCAUAAACAACUUAAAAUUAAAGGGCGCUUUGAAAUUUUGGUUAAUUAGGUGGCACAGUAGAUGUGCUGUUUAGUACACACAUUGAUUAAUGGUCAAUAUCACCCAGUCUCUUGUCAUAUUUUGUAAUGUACAUUUUUUAAAAUUGUAUAUCAUUGUAUGGCAAUAUCACUCAUGGCUUUCCCGACAUUCUGUUUACUCCUCUGGGUCCUUUGCACCAAACCGUGAAAUAAAAGUCUGUAUGGGGCAGCAUGCCAAUUUAAUAAA